AUGUCAUCUCGAACCGGUGGAAGAGGCAUUAGAAAGUUUGAAAGUGCGUUUUUGCAGCGGCCUAUGGUCCCAGACGAGGUUCCAGGUGAUAUAUCACAAGUUAAUGGAGCCCGUCUCCCCGAGGGCUGGUGUAACCCAGAGCUGGAGGAAGAAGAAGCCGGCCGCCCUUCGAGAAGAGCCCUGUUUCGUCAGAAGGGGAGCGAUAAUGAUACGGUUAUGAAAGACAGAGGACCUGUUGGUGGUGCAACCCUUCUCCCCUUUCUAAUGGCCAGGUUCAGGGUCGCGUACUCCCGGCCCUUGUUCGGGUUCUGUCGGCUCCAGUGGCACACAUGUGUCCUAAUCGUCCCUCAGUCUCGCUCUUUCGCUCUUCAUCGGUGA